UGUUAUCAUAUAGUUACUAACUUCACACAAAAUGGAAGAAUGAAAUGGUAAUUUUUUAAACAUACUGGUGUGUUUCUGCAUGGAAGAAAAUUUAAGGCAUGAGAAUAUUUGUUUUUCAAAGAAGAAUAUCGUUGGUUUACAAAGCUUUGGGAACGUACGGUACAGUUUUAUGGUAAUCAACGUGUGUUGUUAAUUACUGAGAUUUCACGAUAUUCGUUCACAAUGAAAACUGAAUAUUAUUUGUUUUUUCUGUUUAUUGAAUGUGUUAAGUAUACAUAGUCCAAUUGAAACUGUUCAUACAAAGCUCCUUUCCGUAAUAGUGUGUAAGUGUUGAAACCGAACAUGGAAAUGAUCUAUUUUUCUAGAAGUGAUGGAUCUAUAUUCAGUGGUGUCUAAAUGGUGGAUACGAACAUGGAAAAGAAUGCCUCUUGUGAAAGUGAUGAACAUAUUCUGAAAACUGUAGAAUGUAAGAUGUCGUCAAAAAUGUGUUUGUUGAAAUCGGAUACGGAGAAAUCAUCUUGUAAAGUUGAUGAUCUUGUGUCCAAGGUCGUUUGUGGAUCCAGUGGCAUUUGUUGCGGUGUAGUAAAAGAAGAAUACGAAAUCUGUGAUACCAAUGGAUUUUCUAGCACUGUGUUGUGUGGUGAAGAAAUUGAGAACUUGAUGCCGUUGGAAUAUGUAAAGGUUGAAUUAAGUGAUGAAAAUGGCGAAACAGAUGUGACUAUUCAAAAAGUUGCAGCUAGACAGGAGGAGUUAUGUCAUAAGAAUAAGAAAGCUUGUACUGUUGUAAACAAAACUAGUUUGUCUGCUUCUGAUGAAAAAGCUGCAGGUAGUAUAAACGAAGGGUCUUCGGAAUCAGGUCAGGACAUUGUUCAAAGUGAGGUUAAGGAAGAAACAAUUAACAGUGCAGAGAAAAAGAUAAAUACUGAAAACAAAGGAAAUUCUGAGAGCAGUUCAAAGGACAGCCAGAGAGCAUCUGAUACAGAAGAUAUUCAGCUGUCAGAAAGGAUUCUGAAAUUAAAGUCUAAAGUUUCUGGGAAAAGAGCAAAGAAAAACCGUCAUAAGUCGGGCGUUUCAAAAAUGAAAACGGAGCCUGUGGAACGAAAGGGCGCGGUUGUUCAGUCUGUUUCGAGGGCCAGCACUGCUCAGCUUGCGUCGCUGCUAUUCCAGUCAUCAAAGGUAGGGAGGGCAGCACGACCUGAAGGAGCUAUUCCUACUUGUUCAAUUUGCAGCAAGACAUUUUCAAAUAAAACCCAUCUAAAUUCCCACAUCAAACUUCAUGAUGGUGUGAAACCACAUACGUGCGAGACAUGUUCAAAGGCUUUUGCUCGGAAAGGAGAUUUGGCCAUACAUAUGAGGCGUCACACAGGCGAACGACCGUACGAGUGCUCUCAGUGCAAGAAAACGUUUGUGGAGAAGUCGCACCUCUUGAGACACACACGUAGCCACACAGGUGACAAACGUCACGUGUGUCCCGUGUGUGGAAGCGCUUUCUCAGAGCGAGCGGGCCUAGCAAAACACUUACGCUCCCACACUGGCGAACGUCCACAUUUGUGCUCUGUGUGUGGUAAGUCGUUUGCUCAGCGCGAAUUUUUGAUUCGACAUGCACGCAUACAUACAGGUGAGCGACCGUUUACAUGUGACUUGUGUGGUAAAGCAUUCUCAGAUCGCUCGACUGCUGUAAAACACGCCAGAUUACACACGGGUCUCAGACCAUUCCCGUGUCCUCUUUGUGGUCGCUGUUUUUCACAGAAACAGCAUCUGACAGGCCAUCUGAAGACGCAUGCUGGUGAACGUCCCCAUGGGUGUGAAGUGUGCGGUAAGAAGUUUGGUCGGAAGAGUGAUCUGGUGGUGCACACGCGACGUCACACAGGAGAACGUCCGCACAAAUGCGAGGCUUGCGGUAAGACUUUCCUGGACCGCUCUCAUCUGGUACGACAUAACAAAGUGCAUAGUGGUGCCAAGCCUCAUGUGUGCCAUGUGUGUGGGCGCUGCUUUGCGGAGAAGGGCCACUUGGAUGGGCAUCUGCGUGUUCACACUGGGGAGAAGCCCUACUCGUGUGACGUGUGUUCUCGAAGCUUUGCUGAUCGGGGCACGCUGGUGAACCACAUGCGUGUUCACACUGGAGAACGUCCCUUCGCCUGCCCCAUUUGCAGCAAGGCAUUUGCACAGAAAGGCUCACUGCUAAAACAUGUUCGCAUACACUCGGGGGAGAGGCCCUUCUCAUGUUCUGUGUGUGGCAAAAAAUUUGCAGACAAAGGUUAUUUUGUUAAGCACUCCCGACUGCACACCGGUGAGAAUCUGCACACGUGCGCUCUGUGUGGAAAGUUCUUUGCACAGAAAUGUCAUCUUAUCAGGCACGCGAAGGUUCAUGGAGUUCAGCCCGAAAGUGUAAUUAUGCCAAUCGUAACUAUUUAAGCUUCCUGGCCAACAGCGAUUUGGAACUACCUGCAGGUGAUAUAUGUUGACCGCGUUUCAAGUUUUGUGUUCCAAAGUUUCAGUCCGUUGGGUAUAUGAAGCCCUUGCUGGUCUAAUAUCUUCGGUCAGUUUUGCAUGUACAGGAUUGAUUUACUAUAUGAAAUGCUGUCUAGGGACUGUAUUUUAUAAAUGGAGUCACUCUUUAUGUUAGCUUGAAAUAUUUGUUUCAGACGUGAAAAGAUUUAUCCUUCGGCUUGUCUAGCGAGCAAGUACCGAGAUCCGUAUCGAUUCUGUUCAACCAGAUAUGCAUUUCAUGAGACUUGUAUUUACAGAAAUCACUCCCAAGUCUGCGUUUUGUUACGUCAUAAGAGGACGUGAAAUUUGCAGCAAAACUGACCAAUCUUAAGUGUAAGUGAGAUUUAAGGUUUUCACAGCAGUGAAAAUUUUGGACCAUGAGUUAACGACUGUGAUCACAUACGAGACCGCAGGACGUCGUAGCUUUGAAGACAACGGUCUGAAUUGACAAGCACAGUUAAGAGUUGAUACAUAGUGAUCAGCAGUGGAAAAUGGUUGGUAUGUCCCCAUACAGAGCGUCAGUGAAAGACGUGCUCUGGUAUGAACGCUUAUUUAUAUUAAAUAUUCUUUUAACUGGUGUAUAUGUAUAUAUAAUGCACAAUGUUUGAACUGUUUUAGGCAUGUUUGAAACUGAUAGUUGCAGAAACACGUCCGUUAGCAUUGCUGUAUCCGUCUGUCCGCACGGUUUCUCCUAGAGCAGUGGUUCCCAACCUUUUUUUGAGUAUGAGACCCCUUCUUAACUUAAAGGAGUGUGUGGGCCCUCACAUGCUAAUAAUUAUGCUUUUGGGCUCCGUUAAUUGAGAAAGUACACGACAGAAAUAUUAAGCUCGUCAUUUCCUUCCCUGCCGAUAAAAUUAACUCUUCUUCGACGGUGUUCGGCUUUCGUGCCUCUGCUGCUACUUGGUAAGGAGCUUUAACUGUCAAGAGGACACUUUGACCAACCUGAUACUGCUGACAUCAUGUUACUAAAUGACUGUAGAUUUUUCAGCCCAGUUCACUCACGUAGAAUUUUCAACUGAGUCAAGAUCUGCCCCUUGUGAGUGACUAGUCGGCACAGAGGCCUGCUGACGAGAGGUAGGAGCUCGGUCUUUUGAGAAGCCGCGUGAUAAAAAGCAUCAGCAACUGAGCUGCAUCGUUGUUGUAUAAUGUUCUAACUUUGUUCUCUGGUUGAUAAGAAAGGCAUGGAUUUGUAUAGCUAAGCUCAUGUAUUAAUAUUCAGUGUUUAUGAUUAUUUGGAAUAUUUGUUUUUGUUUGUUUGCAACUAAACAACUUGCAUUCGUCAGAAACCAGUGUUCCACAAUGGUACAUUUGGCACCACUGCAUGUCCAAUGACUUGUUGUUUCAUCCCUCCUCACUUCUUCCCAAGCCACAGUACAUGUCAUCGGGGACACACUUCAGCCGCCAAUUUUACUGAAAAACACAUUAAUUUUUGAAGUUUUAAUUUCAUUGCAAGUCGUGUCCUUGCAUCUGCUUAAUUUUCUUAGGUUUUUAACUUUUCUUCAGAUUUAUUUUUAUAGGGGCUGGAAAUUAAAGAGUUCACAUCCCACGCCCUCUUUCACUUGGUCUUCAGUCUUCUUUCAACUGCAUUUCGAAGAGAGGAAAUGCUCUGUAUCGCAUUUUGAAAGAAAGAGGCUUUAGUAUUGUGUUCGUAACAUAAAACAUUUUUACAGUAAAGGGUAGUUAGCCCAUGCUCAACCCCCAAUCUGGAGGACCACCACUUAUCAGCUGUCCGCGACUGCUAAGUCGAUAUAUUCACAGCUAACCACCAUAACUGGAGGAUGUUCCUCCAUCCACAACCUGAGGAUGCACCUAACAUGGGCUGGACAUGUAGCACGCAUGGGGGAGGCAACGGAUGCAUACAGGUUUUUCGUAGGGAAUCCUUCUGGAAAACUACCAGUGGGCAGACCAGGAAGGAGAUGGGACGAUAACAUCAAGAUGGGUCUUAGGUAGGUGGGCUGUGAGGAUGGCAAAUGGAUGGAGUUGGAGUUCCAUAUCCACUAGGUUUAUUUAUACUGGAUAUAUCACAUUCUAUACAACUGAGCAGAUAUGACAUGCAGACAAUGCACGACACUUAAUCUGGACUGAAGUUUUUGUAUUAUCAAGACACAUUAUGGACCGGUGUUCAGUGUUUCAUUUAAUAGGGACGGGUAGGAACACCAAUGGCAAAAAAUUUUCUGACGAAUUUGAGAAUGAAUUGCCCUUUCAACCUCAAAAUAAGGUUGAAGUAUGGAUACAUCCUUAUCAUUAUAUCAUUCUCUGCUCUCUGAAUGAAAUAUUAUAAAUGAAGAAGGCUGUUUUCUGGGUUGUUGCACCGCGUAGUCUUAUCGACGUUUCACAGGUCAUUGCUGCUUCCAUCAUCAGAGGCAGCAAGAACCUAAAUGACAAACAAGUCAGAAGACAGUCAUCUUUGGAAUCACUGCAGUGAAAACCUCAAAUCCUACAAUCCAGUCUCGUAAAAUGAAUGAUUUUGUCCGGAACACGUGUUUCUCAAGACAAAUUAAUUUAUUCUCUUGUAUAAUAUACCUGCAGAUGUUGGUGGUGGAGGAGGAGUCAGGCUGAAGUGGCGUAUCAAAAUGUAGCAGACACAUUGGAUGUGUUACGUUCAGUUUAUUACAGUAAGUUUAAUUUUUGAACUGAGUAAUAUAUGUGUAUGCUGGAAUUCAUGUCGACUUUACUUCGUGAGCAACGAAAUAUUUUAAUGGAACACUGCAGUUUCAUGAACUUACCCCACACCCUAGAUGAGGUGAAAACGCCUGGUGAUACGACAUUGUUCGCAUUUAAAUGAACCCAGUGUCCACAAAAUUAGAGCAGUCUCUUUACCAAUGUAGCACUGAAUCCGUUCUUCAUGCAGACGAUGGAUCUGCGUACGUGGCACGUUGGCUUCUUUCGUCUCAUUUUAAUUUAAACCUUCCUUCCUGUUUCGUACUUCUGUUUUAUGAAAGAUUUCCAUGAUAGCGAGGAGAAAUCUCGUCGACAGUGACAAAUAUCUACUUUCCUCGAUCGUACCCUCCGAAUGAAGUAAACCUGGUGUUAACUUCCUUCAAAUGUUGCCAUGUUUUUCAUUUCGUAUAUUAAAACUUUUAUGCGGUGCCUCGCAUCGCCAGCGUCUGAAAUACAAAAUUUUACCCAAAUCUGUCAUCCGCUUUGGACAGACAUGACCUUCAUGCGUGGCAGUUUUGUUUUAUUCAAUGCCUGGGAAGAUGUUGGCCAUAUGAGAUAUUUUUUUAAAUGGGUAAUGAGGUGAUUUGUGUUUUGGUGGAUUUUGUUCUUGCCGACGUACCGAAGUACCGUACUAGCUAAAUUUUCUGUAUAUUUUGGUAAAUGAAGUAAGGUGCAAUAUUAGUUUAAUGAAGAUUACUGAAAGUAAUGCAAGAUUUUAGUGGAAAAAAUCUGAAACCGGUUAAAUUUGGGACAAGCAAAUGUGAAAGUGUAAUGAUUAUGUGUGAUUUUAUUAAUGUUAAUUCCUGCUUAUAAUGUAAUCUUAUAAGUGUAAUAAUUUGUGUUGGAAAGAGUUUUACCAAUACGAGUUAUUUAAAAAUAAUGCGUGGGUAAAGAAUCAUGUAUCCUGAAUUUGGUGGCUAUUACGUAUAGCGAAGAGAUUGUAGCGUAAUAUAUACAUUAUUGUAUUAUGAAUAUAUCAGUUUUUACAUAAUAAAUAUUAUUGAAAUACUGUAAUUCCGUA